AUGCUGCAGGAAAUCUAUAGGGUUACCUGCUGUCUGUGGAUAUUUCCAGAGAUGCUAAGCAAGCGACAUGCUCCUGCGGCAAGCAGCCCGCUCUGUCCUGCACAUGUAACAAGGCAACCGCCGAGAACACUGUUACGGACGCACGCUGCUCGUGUCGUGCUCGUCCCGCCGGUCAGUGCCACUGCGACAAUGCGAGCAAGGAGAAUGUAUCCGUCAAGGGCGACGCUUGUGCCUGUGGCGCCCGACCGACAGAAGCCUGCACAUGUGAGAAUGCCGCUGGAAAGGCUGGCAACGUGCCAACGAGAUCGACUUCACCACGAAGAAAUAAAGAGCACAUGUACUAGACUUGGGAGACGGGUCUUGGCUCGCACUUUAAAGGGCAUGGACAGCGUUGAGGAGUUCAAGCUUGGUCUCAGCAAGACAGGCAAGACAGGCAAGCAGGCAAGCAGGCAGGCAGAUAGGACAGACACUUGUGGUACACGUUUCAUCAUUAAGCUGGUCAUCUCCGACUCAAUGAACUAUUUGUAUUUCAUUUAUAUUUAUGGCUCAAUUCCAAUGAGUCUUCAGUGAUUUAUCAGCACAUCUAAUGUAUUCCGAAUGCUCAAGUGUGUUGGUGAAACAGCUACAACAUCGACUCGAUCGCCUCAGCUUCAAUGCUUUUUGUCGCUGACCACACAUGCUGACUAUUUUGAGAGCGGCUACGCAGUGAUUUUUCGAUGUAUUAAAUUGCAUUCAGGCCAUCAUGAACUCUGCUCGUCACUCGAUUCUAUCGCCGGAGAAUAGAAGCUUGAUAUAAUGUAGGCACAUUGUAGGCGACAAGACAGGCGAUCACCGAGCUAUUAUGAGGGCUGAUGGAUGUGCAGGGAGCUCGCUCUGGAUCACUUUCUGGCUGUUCAAUCU